AUGAGACCUGUUGUUUCUGGUGGAAAAGCUUGGUUUUGUACCAUAUUGUCUGCAUUCGGUGUAGUAAUUUUAUCCGUGAUAGCUCACUUGUUUAACACCAACCAUGAAUCAUUCGUCGGUUCCAUAAAUGAUCCAGUUGAUGGACCUGCAGUUGCACACACCGUUUACUUGGCUGCAUUAGUGUAUUUAGGGUUCUUCAUAUUCUGUGGGUUCCAAGCAUACCUAAUCGCUAAACAACCUUCCAUAGAACUGAGGUGA